UUGUGAAUGGAGGAGUAGAUGAAAAUUUCCCGCCAUGUGUAAGAAUCAUUGCCUUGACAAAAAUUCAGACAUUCAAAGAAAAUUUAACUCCAAAAGCCCAACCAUUCAGAUUCUUUAAUGUAUAGAAGAAGGCGGCAGCCAUAGAACACGGCUGCUGGGUGUGUCGGCCGACGGCGAUAGAGAAGGCCGAGGAAGCGUCGGCGCAGUUACGGAGGGAGAGCGGACGGGAGAAAGGGAUAGGGUUGACAUUACACUCAGUUCACCGGACCACCAUCCCUCGUGACCUCUCCUUUCUCCUCCUCGGACUGAUUUUGCAGCUGUUGCCAUCUUUGAAGAAUGUCUAAAGAAGAAGGCCUCAGUGCUAACAGAAGGACAACCCGGUCCUCUUCAGCAGCUGUUCUAAGGGAUUCUGGUGAAAUAAAGAAGAAAUGUGAUCCACAUAUUCCAACUUUUAACGAUCUUGUUUUUGGAGAAGAUACCAUUAGUAAGGAAGAUCUUCUGUCUAGUUUUCCUGGACGUCAUACUCAAAUUCUUGAACUCCUUAACCUUUUAGGUCCCCUGAAUUCUCCCAUGCUUCCCCUCUUUGUCUAUGGUGGCACAUCAACGGGAAAAACCAGUGUCACUCUACAAAUAUUUCGUCAUCUCAACCGUCCUUUUGUCUACUCAAGCUUUCGUACUUGUUAUAGUUUGCGAACUCUAUUUGAGUCUAUCUUGAAUCAGUUAUUACUUCAUCAAAAAGAUGCAGACAAUGGAUAUUUGAGUGCAAAACGCUGUGAAAAACCAUCAGAUUUUGUAAACUUUCUUCGUGAAGCCUUAGUUAAAGUUGUAAAAACUCUCCAGGGGAAUCCAGGAAAGUUAGGCACCAAGAAGUGGACAGGACAAGGGCAUGGACAUAUGAUCUACCUGAUUUUUGAUCACUUGGAACUUGUUAGAGACUGGGACAAGAGUUCAAGCAUAUUGCCUUUUCUGUUUAAUCUCCAUGAAGUUUUAAACAUGAAUGAGGUUGGAUUUCUCUUCAUCAGUAAUACUUCUCCUGACACAUACUAUUCAAAUAUGGGUUACUUGGAGCCCAUCCCUGUUUAUUUCUCUGAGUACACAGAAGAUGAUCUUCGUAAAAUUUUUAUGAGGAAUCAAAUCAAUCAAGAGAUGUAUUCUUCCUUUCUGAGUGUUGUAUUGGGGCCAUUCUAUAGAAUUACUCGACAAGUGAACGAGCUAUCCAUAGCAUUUUCAUCAUUGUAUAAAACAUACUGUGAAGCUUCAGAUGAUCUGAACAAUGUUCCCAACGAGUCCAGCAAGAGGACACGUUUCAGUCAUUUUCAGCCACAUAUUGCCCCUGCUUUGAAUCAGAUAUUUAAAAUUUCAUCUCUGCCUUCUGAGUUUAAUAAUUCGAAGGAAGCAAAGAGAAAAGGUGGUAGUAAGAAGUUUGGUGGGUGCGACCCUUCUGAGCACUUGGAUUUUCACAUGUCUACUUCUGCAAAAUAUCUUCUUCUUUCAGCCUUUCUUGCUUCAAAAAAUCCAGCUACACUUGAUGCAUCACUGUUUGAUUCAACUGGGGGCUCUAGUAGUCGAAAAAGGAAGAAGAGGCCAUCUGAAAAAUCAAUCGAGCAGAAGGAAAUCUCAGAACAGGAGUUGCUCAUGAAAGGACCUGGAACUUUUCCAUUGGAGAGAUUGCUUGCAAUAUUUCAGUGCAUUACGUCUGUGGCAGAUAUCUCACUUGAAGAUGAGCAAGGAAAUGUUGCAAUGGAAAGUCAAAAUGAGGAUAGCGAACUCAUGUCUGAUGUUCUCCUGCAACUUUCCAGCCUCUGCAAUGCAAAUUUUGUGGUCAAAGGAGGAAGUUGCCCACUAGAAGGUUCAACUCGAUAUCGCUCUACAGUGUCUGAAGAUAUGGCUUUGAAGGUGGCAAGGAGUAUUAAGUUCCCCCUGUCCAACUACAUGUACAGAAGAUAAAAUGGGACAAAGAAAUGUGUUCGUAACAUGUCAGAAGAAUCCAGAUUCUCCGGUGCCAAGAGCAUGUUGCGUCAAUGACUUACCGGUUGAACUCGAUAGCACAGCAGUGGCUCAAUGAUGAACUCGAGAGAAGAAAUGGACUGGAUCUAAUACACGUACAAAAGAAGAAAAAUACAGUACUUUUCAGAAACUUCCUUUUUUUUAAAAAAAAAAAUAGAAAUGUAAAAUGAAAUAUAUCUAUCAUGCCUGGAAGUGUGGGGGGGGGGGUUGUGGUGGGGGGAGGAAUGAAGUCAUGUUCUUUUUAAAAGCUUUAGAUCAUGAUGAAAUGACGUGCGUUGAAAACUUGAAAUUCAUCUAGAAACAACUUUCCAUGGCAGGAAAAUUAUUGAUGAUGGUUAGUUCCCACUUCCCAGCUAUUGCUGUAUGGCUUCAAAAACAGAGAUAAGAAAAAGGAAAACUGUGGAUUAUUUUAGCAGUGUCUUAGGUCACCUAUUCUAUUCCUUUGGCUCUCAAAACCGUCGGCAGUAGUUGAGAAUAUAUUAAAAGAGGAAUGGGAAGAGAGAUGAGACUUUCACCUACCUUUUCAAGGAAGUAGAUAUGUACUUUAAUUAUCAGCUGUUAAAAAAUGCUGCCCCCUUUUUGGCUCCAUCUUCCAAAAAUUAGAAGCUACUUUCCCUGAAAAUCUAUUGUUAACUUUUUUUUUUCUUCC